AUGAGGAGAAGAUUAGGGCACCACAGGCAACACGGGAAGCAAGGAGUAGGAGGGAAAGGAGUAUUAGCAAAAUUAUCGAUUGCUGUUGUUGUUCUUUUGAUCUGCACUCUUACUUUACUCUUUUCCGCUACUAUUACUGGAAGUAAUGGAUCCAACGCUCCACCUGAGAUAAAUGUAGAGGAGUUAUGGAAAAGUGCGAAUUCGGGUGGCUGGAGGCCGUCAUCUGCUCCACGAUCCGAUUGGCCACCUCCUCCAAAAGAGACCAAUGGGUAUCUCCGUGUUCGUUGUAAUGGUGGUUUGAAUCAGCAAAGAAGCGCGAUUUGUAAUGCUGUUCUUGCUGCAAGAAUCAUGAAUGCUACACUUGUUUUGCCUGAGCUGGAUGCAAACUCCUUCUGGCAUGAUGACAGUGGAUUCCAUGGCAUCUAUGAUGUUGAACAUUUUAUCCAGUCACUGAGAUUUGAUGUCCGAAUUGUAGAAAGCAUACCAGAAAUUCGUAAAAAUGGGAAAACUAAGAAGAUAAAAGCUUUUCAGCUGCGGCCCCCUAGAGAUGCUCCUAUUAGUUGGUAUACAACUGAUGCCCUGGAGAAAAUGAAGGAACAUGGAGCCAUUUAUCUAACUCCAUUCUCACAUCGUUUAGCUGAAGAAAUUGACAACCCUGAGUAUCAGCGGUUGAGGUGCAGGGUUAACUAUCAUGCUCUAAGAUUUAAACCACUGAUUAUCAAAUUAAGCGAGUCAAUAGUUGAUAAACUACGUUCUCAAGGUCACUUCAUGGCAAUACACCUUCGUUUUGAGAUGGACAUGCUGGCAUUUGCUGGGUGCUUUGACAUAUUUAGCCCUGCAGAGCAAAAAAUACUGAAGAAGUAUCGGGCAGAAAAUUUUGCCAAGAAAAAACUCAUUUAUAAAGAAAGAAGGGCCAUAGGAAAAUGUCCACUUACUCCAGAAGAGGUUGGUCUUGUUUUACGUGCAAUGAGGUUUGACAAUUCCACCAGGAUAUACCUAGCAGCUGGUGAACUGUUUGGUGGAGAGCGGUUUAUGAAACCAUUUAGGGCCCUGUUCCCUCGCCUUGGGAAUCACAGUUCUGUGGAUUCCAGUGAGGAGCUAGCCGCAAAUGCUCAGGGAUUGAUAGGCUCUGCUGUGGAUUACAUGGUUUGUCUUCUUGCUGAUAUAUUUAUGCCAACUUAUGAUGGACCGAGCAACUUUGCCAACAAUCUCCUGGGUCACCGCCUGUAUUAUGGCUUUCGAACAAAUAUUAGACCUGACAGGAAAGGUCUUGCCCCAGUUUUUAUUGCUCGAGAGGAGGGACGGACAGCUGGUUUUGAGGAAGCAGUUAGACGUGUCAUGCUCAAAACAAACUUUGGUGGCCCUCACAAACGUAUCUCACCCGAAUCAUUUUAUACAAAUUCUUGGCCUGAAUGUUUCUGUCAGAUGGAAACACAGAAUCCUGCUGAUAAAUGUCCAUCAGAGAAUGUCAUGCAAAUUUUGCAUAGCCAGUUAGAGAGUGAAAAUAUUGACUUGGAAAAACACAACCGAUCCGAUUCAAUAGAAUCUUUGGCAGAAAGAUAA